AUGAGGACCAGCCUCAUAUUCGCCAUCACCGUCGCUGCUCUCGCUUACGCCGCCGUCGCAUCCACCAUGGUGGUGGGCGAGGAAUGGAUCACGCUCAAGAGUAUUCACGACCCGUACAUCCAGAAUCUCGGCGCGUGGUCAGUGGCGGAACACGUGAAGCAGGCAAACGAUGGGCUCAAGUUCAGGAAGGUGGUGAAGAGCUGGGUGCAGGCUGUGGAGAGCUCCAGGGAGGUGCGUGUUGCGGAAGGUCUUAACAUUAGGCUCGCCAUCCGCACGCGGAACGGCGCGGGCAAGGACAGCACGUACGUGGCGCUGCUGUACCAGAGGUCAUCGGACUUCUCAAACAAGCUCGUCUCCUUCGGCCCAUACAUCCAGCCGCUUGCCGGUUGA